GUUUAAUUCAAAGCUUACCUUCUUCCAAGUUCGCAUUCCGUAUUCCGUCGUCACCAUUGACUUUGGAGCGCAGUCCAUCAACAAUGGCUCCUUCAAAGCAGUCCAUGUUCCGCUCUGCGGACAUGAGCAUGGUGCAAUUAUACAUAUCGAAUGAAAUAGGCCGAGAAUGUGUUAAUGCGUUGGGCGAACUUGGACUGGUCCAAUUCCGAGAUCUCAACGGCAAUAUUAACGCAUUUCAACGAACUUUCACUCAAGAAAUUAGAAGGCUCGACAACGUUGAGCGCCAGCUUCGCUACUUCCAUACCCAGAUGGAAAAGGCGAACAUCCCUCUGCAAAAAUUAGACCUUGAUGUCGAGACGCUAGCCCCUCCUACUACUAUCGAGAUCGAUGAACUCUCCGAGCGAACUCAAAGCCUAGAACAGCGUAUCUUCCAACUCAACGACAGCUACGAAACACUGAAGAAGCGCGAGGUCGAGCUGACCGAAUGGCGAUGGGUACUUCGCGAGGCCGGUGGCUUCUUCGACCGAGCUCACGGUAACGUCGAUGAGAUUCGAGCUUCGACCGAGGACGACGACGCUCCUUUACUCCAAGACGUGGAGCAACACCAGGCUGGGGAUGCUGAGCGUUCCUUUUCUGGUAUGAACAUAGGCUUCGUUGCUGGUGUCAUAAACCGCGACAGAGUAGCUGCUUUCGAACGUAUUCUCUGGAGGACACUUCGUGGCAACUUAUACAUGAAUCAGUCCGAGAUUCCCGAACCUCUUAUUGAUCCAAGCAACAACGAGGCUAUCAACAAGAACGUCUUCGUGAUCUUUGCGCACGGCAAGGAAAUCUUGGCCAAGAUUCGGAAGAUUUCCGAAUCUAUGGGGGCUGAUAUAUACAGCGUCGACGAAAACGCGGACCUUCGUCGAGACCAGAUGCAUGAGGUCAAUGCCCGUCUCAACGAUGUCCGGAACGUCUUGCACAAUACCCAGCAGACCCUCGAAGCCGAGCUCACCCAGAUUGCCCAGUCUCUCUCAGCUUGGAUGAUUCUCAUUACGAAGGAGAAAGCCACCUACGAAACGCUCAAUCUCUUUUCGUUUGACCGACAGAGACGAACUCUUAUUGCGGAAGGCUGGUGUCCUACCAAUGACCUGCCUCUCAUUCGCACCACGCUUCAAGAUGUAACCAAUCGAGCAGGCCUGUCUGUUCCGUCCAUUAUCAAUGAGAUCAAGACAAACAAGACUCCUCCUACCUACUUGAAAACCAAUAAGUUCACAGAAGCCUUCCAGACUAUCAUUAACGCCUACGGUACGGCGACCUACAAAGAGGUCAAUCCUGCUUUGCCUGCUAUCGUUACUUUCCCUUUCCUGUUUGCCGUCAUGUUUGGAGAUUUUGGUCACGCCGCCAUCAUGCUCUCUGCUUCCUUGGCUAUGAUAUACUGGGAGAAGCCCUUGAAGAAAGUCAAGUUCGAGCUCUUCGCUAUGAUUUACUACGGUCGAUACAUCGCCCUGGUCAUGUCUGUAUUCUCUUUAUACACCGGUCUCAUCUACAACGAUGUCUUCUCCAAGGCCUUCACUUUCUUCGACAGUGCUUGGGAAUGGGAUGUUCCUGAGGGAUGGCAACAGGGUCAACCUCUUGUGGGUAAACUUAAGGGCGACUAUAGAUAUCCUUUUGGUGUCGAUUGGUUUUGGCACGGUGCCGAUAAUGAAUUGUUGUUCAGCAACAGUUACAAGAUGAAGAUGUCUAUUAUUCUCGGAUGGGCACACAUGACAUACUCUCUCUGCCUAUCCUACUUCAACGCGAGAUACUUCAAGAGGCCUAUUGACAUCUGGGGCAACUUCUUACCGGGAAUGAUAUUUUUCCAGUCCAUCUUUGGUUAUCUUGUUAUUUGCAUCGUGUACAAGUGGUCCGUGGAUUGGUUUGCGAUCGGAGAGCAGCCUCCCGGACUUCUCAACAUGUUGAUUUAUAUGUUCUUGCAGCCCGGCACAUUGGAUGUUUCGUUGUACCCAGGACAAAAAGUAGUACAAGUUGCGCUAUUGCUCCUUGCCUUCAUCCAGGUCCCCAUACUAUUACUUCUAAAGCCAUUAUACCUCCGAUGGGAGCACAACCGUGCUCGUGCCCAGGGCUAUCGCGGUAUCAACGAACAGUCUAGAGUGUCGGCGCUUGAUGAAGAUGAGGAUGACGGGCACUUGCAGAGCAACGGCAAUGGUCGUCAUAGUAUGGAGACUGAUGACGGCGAAGGCGCCGCUAUGAUCGCGCAUGACGAUGACGAGGAGGGUCAUGAAGAGUUUGACUUCAGCGAGAUCAUGAUCCAUCAGGUCAUCCACACCAUUGAAUUCUGCUUGAACUGUGUCUCCCACACUGCUUCUUAUCUACGUCUCUGGGCGCUGUCACUCGCUCACCAGCAGCUAAGUCUCGUGCUGUGGGACAUGACUCUCGGCCCGACUCUUACCAUGACGGGUCCCCUCGGUGUUUUCAUGAUCGUUGUCGGUUUCUAUUUGUGGUUUAUCCUUUCCUGCGCCAUUCUCAUUUGCAUGGAAGGCUGUAGCGCUAUGUUACACUCUCUCCGUCUGCAAUGGGUCGAAGCGCAAUCCAAGUACGCCGAGUUCGCGGGUUACAUGUUCACUCCGUUUUCUUUUAAAACGUUACUAGAGGAGGAUGACAGCUUAGCCGAGUUUAGGGGUUAAUUAGCAUCAAGGAGAGGGUUCCGGUCAGAGUGUUGAGAGUGAGCGAGUGUAUGAGUAAACUUGUAUUAUGCAAAUCAGUAGCUGUAGAUCUAUCAAUCAACCCAUACUGUUGUUGUAGCCUUUACGCAAGUGUGAACCAAAUCAUGGCAGAUUGUUAC